AGACGGACAAAGUCGUUGCCGGUUCCUCAGCUGACGUUUCUAUGACCUUCAAGCAGCUCCCACUUCCAACGAGUAACGAUUAGUAUUUAAUCUAGAAUGUUGAGAACGAAGAAGCGAAUACAUCACAAGAAGUACAAAGUGCGGUAAGCUAUGAGCGAAUGAUCAACAUGGUAGAGGACGGCAGCCGGGACUCGUCCAAGCGUGCUCUGCGAAAAAACGAACCGUCCAUAAUCGAUGAACCCAACUGCUGUUUUAUCUCACGUCGAGAAGACUCGACGCUGUUUUGCUGCAGAUGCGCUCACAAAAGGCGCGCUUCACCACUCACAUGUCUAGCGAUAUGCUUCCUAGUUCUGACCUACAACUUGCUCGGAGGGUUUCUAUUUCUUGCUAUAGAAGGCAACUCUUUACCACAAGAGACAUCAGUCGCAGCAUCAAAACCGAAUUUAAGUCAGUCGCAGAGUGGCGACCUCCGUUCGAGAACUGUCGAACGCCUCUGGUCUAUAACAGAAGACCUAAACAUACUUUAUAAAGAAAAUUGGACAAAGCUAGCCGCUAAAGAGUUAAUGGACUUCCAAAGAGUUCUAAUGAAAUCGAUGCAGACUGGAGACACCCCUAGUAUCUCGACCCACUAUGACGCCAUCGACUAUCGCUGGACUUUUGCUGGCAGUUUUCUUUACGCACUAACUUUGAUCACAACAAUUGGUCAUGGAAGCGUAACUCCAAAAUCAUCAAUAGGCAAGGUUGUGGCGAUACUGUAUGCAUGUGUGGGCAUACCACUAAUAAUGCUGUACUUAUCGACUAUCGGCGAGGCGCUAGCGAGGAAUUUCCGCGCUCUCUACUCAAAACUUUGCCCAGCGCGCCUUAAAAGUGGUGACUUUCAUUCAAAAGCAGAUUGCCUGAGCAGGUACUCUCUGCCUGGCGUCGAGUGCAAGCAAUUUGUCGAUUGUGAUAAAAAAGAAAAACUUUAUGAUCGUCAAAAGCGAACGCCAUUUCAAGCCGCUUUAAAUCUCGACAGUUUAAAUGGAGGUUAUCAUUGGACGUGCCGGGACCACACGCGAGUGCCAAUCGUACUUAGUUUACUUUUAAUCAUUCUGUAUAUAGCUAUUGGCACGUUCUUAUUUCAUACCACUGAAAGAUGGAACUUAAUAGACGGAUGCUAUUUUUCCUUUUCAAGUCUCGCGACGAUAGGUUUUGGACAUUUAAGGCCCGGGUCAUACGCAAGCACCGUGUCAGCGAAGGCGGAGGACAUCGCCAUAGGCGUUUGUUGUAUAUAUAUUCUAGUGGGUAUAGUAGUGGUAGCUAUGUGUUUUAAUCUUAUUCAAGAGGACAUGAGCUCGGCUCUCCGCGGCUUUACCGCCCUCUGUACAGGAAACUCAAAAACUCGUGCAGUGCAUAGUGUAGAAAAAUGCGAUGAAAAUAUUUCCAUGGCUGUCGUAUCCUGACACAGAGAGACGGCCGAAGUGCCGUCUAUAAACUGCCACGAGAAGCGGGCGCAAGUAAGCUUCAAGAUUGAUAGUUCGAACCCGACUAAGUUCAAUAGCUUACCGCGAAGAAAGUCAUCGGCAUACGGCGAGGAGAGUUUCCAAAGAAAUAUCCCGGCUCGCCGCUCUGCAGGUCACGCGGAAAGAUGCGUGGAGUAUUUCGUGCCGCGCAGCUUGAGCGAGUUUAAUCUGAGCUGCACAGGUGUAGGUGCUAGCGAGCUGGUGGCGGUCGGUGUCAACGCGCUGGGAGAUCGCGCGCGUGCUCGCCGCGAUAAAAUGGUAACUUUCGAGGACGAGAACGCCGACGUGUUGGCUGAGGGUCGCGCACUCGCCGAUGAUGUGUUUAUGUGACGUCAUGGCGCCGACGAACUAACCAUAGG